CGUACCUUGCAGGAUGACUUGGACUUUUGCUACUUCUUAAUGUACCCUUCGUGUUUCCUAUCCUCAACUCUACAAUUCCCAGACAUUUCAAAAAAUCUGCGUUGCUGAGCGGCGAAUUGAAUUUCAUUGCAUCACUACCGAUAGCGGAGUUGAAUACACGACUGAGUAGCGGACCGCCACAGCUCGAUUCGAAGACAGUCCAUCCCUCGGACGCACAACAAGAGCAACAAUGGCUGGCGAAAGCUCCAAGAGCAAGGGUCCGGUUCUUGAUAUUGACGGCCACAACCUGCCUCCCUCGCCGGCACCAAGCACACCCCGCAGUACAGGCAGAAAGUACGCUCUUGCAACAGAGCUUGUCUACACCGAAAGCACCGAUCAGUACAAUGCCAGCUCCGUCCCAAUUUACCAGUCUGCAACCUUCAAGCAGACCUCGGCGAGCGGCGGCGGCGGCGAAUAUGACUACACGCGCUCCGGCAACCCUACACGAACCCACCUCGAGCGACACCUGGCCAAGAUCAUGAGCGCGAACCGUGCACUCGUCGUCGGCUCCGGUAUGGGCGCUCUUGACGUCAUCACACGCCUGCUGCGACCCGGCGACGAGGUCGUAACCGGCGACGACCUGUACGGUGGCACAAACAGACUGCUCAAGUACCUCUCCACCCACGGCGGCAUCAUCGUGCACCAUGUAGACACUACAAACCCCGAGGCUGUGAGCAAGGUCGUCAGCAGCAAGACAUCCCUGGUCCUGCUCGAGACGCCUACCAACCCUCUGAUCAAGAUCUGCGACAUCCCCACCAUCGCACGCAGCGCCCACGAGGCAAACCCUGCUGCUAUCGUCUGCGUAGACAACACCAUGAUGUCGCCCAUGCUGAUGAACCCGCUCGACCUCGGCGCAGACAUCGUCUACGAAUCCGGCACAAAGUACCUGUCCGGGCACCACGACCUCAUGGCUGGCGUCAUCGCCAUCAACGACUCCGCGCUGAGCGACAGACUGUACUUCACCAUCAACGCAUCUGGCUGCGGUCUCUCGCCGUUCGACUCCUGGCUGCUUCUCCGUGGCGUCAAAACCCUGGGAGUGCGCAUGGAAAAGCAGCAGGCGAACACCAUGCGCAUCGCCACGUUCCUCGAGAACCACGGUUUCAAGGUGCGCUACCCGGGUCUGAAGUCGCAUCCCCAGUAUGAUUUGCACUGGAGUAUGGCGCGCGGGGCGGGUGCCGUGCUCUCCUUCGAGACGGGCGAUGUCACCGUGUCUGAGCGCAUUGUUGAGAGCGCGAAGCUCUGGGCCAUCAGCGUGAGCUUUGGUUGCGUGAACUCACUUAUCAGUAUGCCGUGCCGUAUGAGCCAUGCUUCCAUUGAUGAGAAGACGAGGAGGGAGAGGAAUAUGCCUGAGGAUAUUAUUAGGCUGUGUGUUGGGAUUGAGGAUGCUGAUGAUUUGAUUGAUGAUUUGAGCCGCGCACUUGUACAAGCCGGCGCCGUGAACAUCACAACCGAAGGCUUCAGCGCCUUGAGCCUGUCCUCCGCCGCUGAGGACCUGCCUCCUGUCGCACCUGCCACCGAAGACUAAAUCACCCCUCGACUCUCACACUUAAAGUCACCGCUGUCCUGCCCUGCAUGGGUAGGUUAACGUGAUGCACCACCCCUAAGCCGCCUCUGUCACCCUUCCUCUCCUCGGAACAGGAAGCGUGUUAACGUGGUAUUGUUCGACCGUUGUUGUAUUGGGUCGUAUAUAGCAAGCGGGAGUUUUCGUUUAGAAAGGACCUUCUUG